CCUGAUGUCAGCACAGACCCAGGACAGCCAGGCUGACGGACUGACAGACGGACGGAGCUCCUGGCUCCCCAGACCUGGGCCCCCACGCCGACCUGCUUCACUGAGCAGCCGGCUUUCUUCGAGGCCAGGACUGGGUGAUGGUGUCGCUACUCCCGCCACAGUCUGACGUCACGCUGCCAGGCCCCACCAGACUGGAGGGUGAGCCCCGAGGGGACCUCAUGCAGGCUCCGGGCCUCCCAGGCUCUCCUGCUCCACAGAGUAAGCACACCGGCUUCAAUUGCUCAUCGUUUGUGCCCGACGGCCCUCCAGAGAGAGCACCCUCACUGCCCCCACACAGCCCAAGCAUUGCGUCUCCAGGCCCCGAACAAGUCCAGGGCCACUGCCCAGCCGGCCCUGGCCCAGGCCCCUUCCGGCUUUCACCCUCAGAUAAGUAUCCUGGCUUUGGCUUUGAGGAGGGUCCAGCAAGCAGCCCAGGGCGCUUCCUCAAGGGCAACCACGUGCCUUUCCACCCGUACAAGCGGCAUUUCCAUGAGGACAUCUUCCCUGAAGCCCAGACUGCCCUGGCCCUGGAUGGACACUCCUUUAAGACCCCAGGGGCACUGGAGGCCUUCGAGGAGAUCCCCGUGGAUGUGGGGGAAGCUGAGACCUUCCUGCCUGGCUUCUCAGCAGAGGCCUGGUGCAAUGGGCUCCCUUACCCCAGCCAGGAGCACAGCCAAGUCCUGCAGGCAUCAGAGGUCAAGAUCAAGCCUCCAGCUCUGGAGAGUGGUCCUGGGAUGUACUGCUACCAGCCCCCCUUGCAGCACAUGUACUGUCCCUCCCAGCCCCCCUUCCACCAGUAUUCACAGGGUGGUGGCAGCUACCCUGUGCCCUACCUGGGCUCCUCUCACUAUCCAUACCAGCGGAUUGCACCCCAGGCCAGCGCUGAUGGGCACCAGCCACUCUUCCCCAAACCCAUCUACUCCUACAGCAUCCUCAUCUUCAUGGCCCUCAAGAACAGCAAAACUGGAAGCCUGCCUGUCAGCGAGAUCUACAAUUUUAUGACGGAGCAUUUCCCUUACUUCAAGACGGCACCUGAUGGCUGGAAGAAUUCUGUCCGUCACAACCUAUCCCUCAACAAGUGUUUUGAGAAGGUGGAGAACAAAUCUGGAAGUUCCUCUCGCAAGGGCUGCCUGUGGGCCCUCAAUCCAGCCAAGAUUGACAAGAUGCAGGAGGAGCUGCAGAAGUGGAAGAGGAAAGACCCCAUUGCUGUGCGCAAAAGCAUGGCCAAGCCAGAAGAGCUAGACAGCCUCAUUGGAGACAAGAGGGAGAAGUUGGGCUCCCCGAUGCUGGGCUGUCCACCCCCUGGGCUGGCAGGCUCCGGCCCCCUCCGGCCCUUGGCACCUCCAACUGGGCUCUCCCAGCAGCUGCACUCAAUCCACCCAACUCCAGGACCCAUGCCUGGCAAGAACCCCCUCCAGGACCUACUGGGGGCACACGCACCCUCCUGCUAUGGGCAGACGUACCCACACCUCUCACCCAGCCUGGCCCCUCCUGGACCCCAGCAGCCAUUGUUCCCGCAGCCAGAUGGGCACCUUGAGUUGAGGGCCCAGCCGGGCACCCCCCAGGACUCGCCUCUGCCUGCCCACACCCCACCCAGUCACAGUGCCAAGCUGCUGGCUGAGCCUUCCCCAGCCAGGACCGUGCAUGACACACUACUGCCAGAUGGAGACCUUGGUACUGACCUGGAUGCCAUCAACCCCUCUCUCACCGACUUUGACUUCCAGGGAAACCUGUGGGAACAGCUGAAGGAUGACAGCUUGGCCCUUGACCCCUUGGUACUGGUGACCUCGUCCCCGACAUCAUCCUCCUUGCCGCCACCCCCACCACCACCCCACUGCUUCCCCUCAGGGCCCUGUCUGGCAGAGACAAGCAGUGGGGCAGGCGAAUUGGCACCACCUGGCAGCGGAGGCUCUGGAGCCCUGGGGGACCUGCCCCUCACCACCCUCUACUCGGCGUUCAUGGAGCUGGAGCCCACGCCCUCCACAGCCCCUGCCGGCCCCUCAGUGUACCUCAGCCCCAGCUCCAAGCCCAUGGCCCUGGCAUGAGCUAUGUCCAGCAUCAGCUCCAGCCUUUGCUUCAUCUGGAAGUCCCUGCUGGUCGUCCUCAUUGGGCUCACCUUAAAGGUCAAGGAAGGAAAAUACUACCUGCCCCCUCUGCCACUCAGUCAACUUGUUUGUUACCUGGAAGCUGGGGCACAGAGGACACCACCCAGGAUGCUGCCCCUCACACAUUUCGGCUACCUGGUAGUCCAGCUCCUCACUCAGGGUCCCUGGAGAGCAAUAUCUGGGCAAGAAGCGAAGGCAUGCUCCCUAGCCACGCUCAUGGGCCGUCAGCUCUCGUGCGUACUCAAACACACCAGCCACGUGCCUGAUACCCAGAGGACUCCAUAUCAAUCAGAGAGCCUGACUUCAUUUCCGAGGCAGCUGAGAGCUAAGGGCUUUGGUUACCAAAGCUCAGGGCCCCCAUGCCAGGUCAAAGAAACCCCCAGAACCCCAUUGUGAUUCCCACAUGCUCCGCAGGCCUGGCACCCUCCAGUCAUGUUCUUUCCUAGAAUCCCCCUGUAUUUAUUCUCCUGUCUUCAUUCCCAACAGCCCAGCGAGGAGGAGGAGAUAGAGAACUCCUCCCGUGUUGCCUGUGGACCCCUCACCCAGGGUGCUACUAACUAGAAGCACCCACCCUGCCAGGCUCCACCCAUCCUCAGCAUAUGCUCUGUCUGGCCACCCCCAGGGUGACACACAGGAGGGGCAACGUCCAUUCCGGGACCAAACUGAGCCCAACUCCAACACAAAGUGUUUGGAAAAGCCCUUGCCCUUGGAAACUUGAAUGAAUCUCCUCCCAAUCCCGGAUGCGGGAAGGGCCCCCUCCAGGUCACCACAAUCCCCGUCUUUCUUUAGAAAGAAAUUCAUGUAGUUUAGGUCCCAGCUUCCAACUGUCUCAGCAGCCUGAGUUUUCAGGGAAGGGAAGCCUGGUCCAGGCUGGUGAGGGAGCACCCGUGCACCCCUCUCUGACUGCCUGGCAGACCCGGACACCGGAAAAGCACAAGGAAUGUCCCUGGAGCUAGGGGCUACGGUCCAGGUGCCUGCCAGGCCCUAUCAAGUGGUAUCCUCAGCCUACCUUGGGCCUUGGAGUGACAAGAACAUCCAAAUGAUGGCCCUACUCUCUUAUGAGGCACAAACAGAUUCCUCAAUGGCCUGCCAUUGCCCCCUGUCCUGGAACAAUAAAGCAAGUGCCUU